AUGUACAAGGCCGUUGCCCUCACUUCCAUCGCUGCCCUCGCGGGUCAGUCCAUGGCUUUCAACGCCCACCGCCACCAGCACCAGAUGGACAAGCGAGUCCUCAAGACCGACUGGUGCACUGUUUGGGAGACCGUCUAUGUCACCGUUGACCCGUCUGCGUCGACUGCCGCUCCCUCUGCUCCCGCUGCCGCCACCGGCACCGGAUUCGGUGUUCAGGAUGUCAACCCUACUGGUUCCCCUGCCGGAAACAACGCUGGAGCUGUCCCAACUGUCACUUCGACCGCUACCGUCGUCGUUGCCUCUUCCACUGCGGCUGCUUCGACCCCAGCGGCUCCCGCUUCCUCCAAGGACUCCACCACCUUGAUCACCGCUGUCCGUUCGUCUUCGGCCGCUCCCAUCGUGGCCAGCAGCACACCUGCUGCCCAGGCCUCCUCUCCCGCUCCUCAGUCCUCCUCUGAGCAGGCACCUUCCAGCACUCCGGCUCCCCCUACCAGCUCAGAGACUCCCACUCCCACCCCUACCCCUACGCCCUCUUCGUCUAAGCCGGCUCCUCCUCCUGCCAGCUCCUCUGCUGCCCCCAGCAAGGCCGCCAGCCCCCCUCCUGCUUCCGUUGGUGGCUUCCCUGGCAAGCGUGGUAUGGCUUACAACGACGGCACCCUGGCCAACACCUUCGGUGAGAGCUGUGACAAGUGCCGCUGGGCCUACAACUGGGGCUUCUGGCCCUCUGGCAUCGACACCAGCAAGUACAGCUAUGUUCCCACUCUCUGGGGACCUUCCCCUGACCACUCCACUGGCUUCGAUGCCCAGGCUGAGGCCGCUCUUGCCUCCGGCUCCAAGGCCAUCUUCAGCUUCAACGAGCCCGAUAUUCCCAGCCAGUCUAACCUGUCUCCUGCCGCUGCCGCUGCCGCUCACGCCCAGUUCCUGAACAAGUACUCUGGCAAGGCUCUUAUCGGUGCUCCCUCUGUCUCCAACUCCGGUGCUGAUGGCCAGGGUCUUUCUUGGCUCCAGAGCUUCGUCGAUGCCUGCAGCGCUCAGGAGGGUGGCUGUGCUUUCGACUUCUGCAACAUCCACUGGUACUCCCCCGCCUCGGCCAUCGACACUUUGUUCACCCAGCUUGAGCAAGCCAACAAGGUCUGCGGUGGCAAGCCUGUCUUCCUCACCGAGUUUGCUCCCAAUGGCUCUGACGACGAGAUCAGCGCUUUCUUGCAGGAGGCCCUUCCCAAGCUCGACGCCCUCGACUAUGUCAUGGGCUACAGCUACUUCAUGGUUGGCGAUGGCAUCCUGAUGAACGGCAACUCCCCCAGCGACUACGGUAACGUCUACGCCACCGCUUAA